AUGAAUACAAAAGAUGAAUUAGCUUCAAAAAUUAAAAAAAUUGAGUAUUUAGACGCUUUACGCUCUGUUUCAGAGAAAAUAAAGGAUGUAUUAGAUCCUGUAGAGUCGAAGACUCAUUGCUCUGCAAUAGUUAUGGAAG